UUCAGUGGCUCUUUAUAGGGCGGAGCUCCGGUUGUAGUACGUGUGCUUCAGAUGAGGCUCAUAUGAGUUAGCUUUCGGCUUUUGAGCUAACGCUUCAUCACCUUUUAAACAUGGUGCUCCUGGAAAAUGACUCUUUUCUUACAGAGCUCACACGCCUGUUCCAGAAAUGUAGAUCAUCUGGUAGCGUUGUCAUCACACUAAAGAAAUAUGAUGGUAGGACAAAACCUGUUCCUAGAAAAGGCCAUUCAGAAUCCUUUGAACCUGCAGACAACAAAUGUCUCAUCAGAGCAUCAGAUGGAAAGAAGAAAAUUAGUACAGUGGUCAGCACCAAAGAAGUAAUUAAGUUUCAGAUGGCCUACUCUAACCUGCUUAGAGCUCACAUGGAUGGACUUAAGAAGAAAGAUAAGAAAAGCAAAAGCAAGAAAACAAAAGCUACACAAUGACUGCUGAACUCUGAUAAUCUUUGGGGUUCCUGAGCUGGCAUGUAUGUCCUGUCUAAGGGAAUGGUCCACGGUUUAGGACUGGAUGUACCAUACAUUUCUCCCAGUGGCUGCAUGAUUUACCUGUCAUGGACUCUACAGUGCCAUCUUUUAUUUUUAUUUUUUCUGGAGCAGAUCUGAAGAAGCAAGUCGACCAUUUUUAGAUUUUUGAAAUCUGACAACGAACCAAGUCAGCGUAUUAAAUAUUCCAGAGGAUGAAAUGGCUUCUUUGGUACUUAGUUUAGUCCCCUAUUUAUGUAACUUUACAGAUGACUUGUUUUGGCAGAUAUUUGUGUCUUAAGUUUUUUUUUCUUUUCUUUUUUUUUUUUUUUUAAAGAAGCAGUCGUAUAUAAGGAAUGUGGAAGCAAACUCCUUUUUCCUGUACAUUUUUAUUUUAUUAAUAUAGAUCAAUCACAUAGGACCUUAUUUUUUAUGAUAAAUACUACUAAAAAAGUUAAACUACAAAAUAUAAAACAACAUAAUCUCCCCAUGAGGCUUCUUUUGGUUUGAAUAUUUAUAUGAAGUCAGUUAUCAAACAUUAAAACAAAAUAUUUUUAGAUUACAGACAGGCAUGUUUUUGAGUACAGACAAUACACUAUUGUAAAUAAAUUGUACAUUUUUCACAAGGCAGCAGAGUUUGAUUUUACAUGUAAAGUCUGGAUAUAGAAUUAUGUUCAUGAAUAAAAGUGCUCUGUCAAAGUC